AUGAACAAGCUGUACAUCGGCAACUUGCCGAUGGAGGCGGACGAGGCAGCAGUUCGACAGCUGUUCGCGGAACACAACCUUACGGUGGCCGACAUUUCUGUGAAGCGCGGUGGAUACGCCUUUGUAGAUUUCCCCGACCAAUCCGCAGCCGAUCGGGCCAUUGAUAAACUGCACGGAUACUCGUACUGCGGCCUGCCGCUGAUCGUAGAACCAUCUGUUGCUAACAAGAAAAUCGUAAACGCAUCUAACCUGCAGAGUGCCAGCGCGACCCAAUUAAAAGAGACCAGCACCGACUCGUCCACUGGCGGCGGCGGAUGGCGGUGA